AAUUCAUUACAGGUUUUACAUGAAGUCUGUUUUGUUGAACUUAUCCACUGUUCACUGAUGGAGAUCUGAGUGCAAAACUGUUUGUGGUAGUUGCAGUCCUAAGCCAUUGUAGCAUAACUGUUCAUGUGAAUUGAGGUCCAAAGCCAUCGUUAUGGUUUUUAAGAGGUACCAUCAGUAAUCUCAAUGAUCUUUAGGCUGCACCAUGCGGGUUUGGAUCUGGUUUUGGGGGAAUUGGUCCCUGUUUCCAUGGUGCAGGGAUGGGGAAUGGGUGAGGUGAAUUUUGAGAGAGAGAGAGAGAUGGAGAGAGAGACAGGAGAUAGGGACUCACCUCCCUUUGGAUAUGCCGCCAGGUGAUCCUAUGCCAGCUGGACCUCCUCAUCAAUCUACGCCGGCUGGUGGCACUGGUCCCACCUCGCCAUUCCCUAUAGUAGGUUGGUCGAAGAACUGCUCCAGUACCACAAUGUUGAUCUCUUCCUCAGCACCGUAUCCUGGAGAUGCAAAUGUUUGGCUGAGCUCACGGAGGGUCCUCGCGUGGAAUUGUUGACGGUGCUGUUCAGGGGUGCGGCCAACCCUUGCAGAAUUGCCCAUUUCAGGUCGGGUACUCCAGGAUGUUGGCAACCAGCAGCUGCUGGGAUGUGAGCUGGGCUUCUCCAGUCAGGAGCAACAAUAGGUGGGCAGUGCACUGGGCAUCAGGUCAGCCCCACGGUUCCAUGGAGCGCUCAAAGAGCUCUAAGAACGCUUCCGGGUUGACCUGCAAUCUCAUCUUGGCGAGGGCAACAUGUGGCAUGAGACCGCAGCUGGAAUACUUGCUUGUCUGCUGCUUGGGCCUCAAGCAGAUCCUGGAUGUGCUGCUCUUGGUCUUGUCUCCAAUGGAGGAAGGCCUGAUGCUGGGUCUUGUUGAGGCUGGUGAGGGACCUCACAAUCUUGGCCAGUGGUGGUGAGGACUCCAUGUCACUCUUCCUCAAUUUAUCCUGGGUUUCAGCACCUGUGUGACACUUUCCCAGGUUCAGGCAGAAAUGAGGAAGGUGGAGGCAGGCUUGGAAUAACUCAAAAAGGUGCUUUAUUCUCUGCUCUUUACUUUCACUUUUCAGCUGUUUUAUUUUAUCAACACACAUGCACCCAGACACAUAGCUUUGUGCUGGUUUUCUCGAGGUGCCUGUCUCUCUCCUUUUUAUCCUUGCCUUGGCUCACUGCAAGAGAACACACACUCAUUAGUAGAAUUCCCUGCAGGUGUGCAUUCCUUACCACUGGGUUCCUUCCUGUCUCUAGUGUGUUGCUUUUGCAUUGUGCACAUUCACUGCGCUGUAUUGAGCCAUGAUUUCUUAUAGCGGCCCGUCUCCAUGGUCAGUGUAUGUGCUGAGUCUGUACUUAUAGCAUCCUGUCUUAAUGGCCAGUGUGUGUGCGCCGAGUCUGUACUUAUAGCAGCCUAUCUCUAACAGUGACAGCUCUUGUGUGUGUGCUGAGUCUGUACUUUGUCAGCAUGGUUCUGUGUUGGUGUUCAGACACUGUGUUCAGAUAGUCAGCUACAGUUUACUGUCGAUUCAGGCCCAGAUAGCGCUGCACUUUACUUUGUGCUUGUGUUUGUUUGUUCCAAUGGGUGAUGUAGUUUUGAUUUUGUAGUGUUAUAAUUUGGUGAGAUCUGAUUUUUCUUGUGUUUGACUGCUCCUGAUGUAGAACUGUUUAGUGUGUAUUAGUGAGCUGAGGUUCAGGCCCAGCCAGGUGAGGAGACCCUUCUUUCUGUUCAGCUCUUGGCAUUGCAGGGCUUUGUAGUGAUAAGUUUGGGGGUCACUGUGUUUAAGGUGGAGCCGAUAUUUGAUAGAUCUUUUCUGAAUUUUGAGCAGUAGUGGGAAUUAGCCUAAUUGGAACAGCACACUCCUACCUCAACCCUCUCCUGAAGGCUUACGUUCCCUCAUGCAAUCUGCGAUCAAUCAACGACCGACGCUUAGUAGUACCUACUCGGUGUGGCUCAAGGUCCUUUUCGAGAACAUUCAAACUAACUGCUCCUCAGUGGUGGAAUGAACUUCCAACCUCAAUCCGGACUGCAGGAUCUCUCACCAUCUUCAAAAAACAGCUAAACACCCACCUCUUCAGUGAACACCUUCCCAAACCCAUUAAAAAAUCUCACUCUGGCACUUUGCUUCUUCUGGAACUCAAUUAAAGAACUUGUAUGAAUGCCCUGCAUGCUUUCUCUGUCUGGUCAUUCACUGCUGGAAUGAAAUUUCUUGUGGAAUUAAUUUUCAAUCCUGGGUAAUUGUAUUCUUUAGAAUUUCUAUAUUGUGUGUCCAUACAGUGAUGUGUGAUGUGUUUCCUUGACAUCUGAAUCUUUUUUUGAAAAAUAAUAGUUUUGGUCUUGUUGGUACUGUUAGGGCCCAGGUCUGACAGUACUGCUGCAGCACGUCCAGGUUCUGUUGUAGACUCUGAAAACUGGGGAACAGGAGGACCAGGUCAUCUGCAUACAGCAGGAAUUUGACCGCUGAGUCAUGUAGAGUGCGACCGUGAGCAUCUAAAAUGAAGGCCAAUUCAUUUAUAUGUAUAUUAAAUAGUGUUGGGCUUAUUCUUUAUACUCCCACACAUUGCUUGUCUUUUGAGUGGUCAUUUCUGAGCCCGCUGCAACUGACACGGAGAAAAUGCACGCAAGAUCUGAGAAAGAAAUACUCUCUAUAUAGUGAUGGAGUACUGUGAUGGUGGGGAUCUCAUGAAGAAAAUCACUUUGCAAAGAGGACAGCCAUUCACAGAGGAACAGAUAAUAGACUGGUUUGUUCAGAUCUGUUUGGGUCUGAAGCACAUUCAUGACAGAAAAGUUCUGCACAGAGACAUCAAAGCUCAGAACAUCUUUCUCACUCAAGGAGGGACAAAAGUCAAACUCGGAGAUUUUGGCAUCGCAAGAAUGUUAAACAACACAACAGAGCUGGCAAGAACAUGUGUUGGGACACCAUACUAUAUUUCUCCAGAAAUCUGUGAGAAUAAGCCUUAUAACAACAAAACAGAUAUCUGGUCUCUCGCCUGUGUCCUCUAUGAGCUCUGCACACUAAGACACCCAUUUGAAGGCAGCAGUUUGAGGCAGCUGAUCAUGAGGAUAUGUAGGGGGCACUACACUCCAAUAUCACAGCGUUACAGUGCUGAACUCAGGCUGCUGCUCUCACAGCUGUUUAAGGUCAGUCCCCGAGACCGGCCCUCGGUCAACUCGCUGCUGAAACGCCCACUUCUGGUCAAACACAUCAGCAAGCACCUGGACCCACAGUUCAUAGAGGAUGAAUUUAGUCACACAGUUCUGCACAGAGAACCUGUAGCACAGCAUGUGAACAAACAUACUGCAGUUACACCAAGGCCUGGUCCAGCAGUAAAGCCUAAGCAUCCACCGAGCAAGCUGCCUCCCAGACCAGAGCGAAGAUGUGCAGUAACCAAGCCUUGCAUCACACAGAAUAAAAAAGUGGCAGGCCAAGCAGCAGUGGUAGAAGUGGGAAAGGCACGAGCAGGAGCACCCGCUCAGUUUGAGACCAAGCCUAAUGCACAUCUGCAGCAUUACAGGCAGCACUGUAACCAUCGGGACCAACUGCAGCACCAGCCAUGUGUUCAUCAACCUCCUUUUCCACCUCGUCUUGCUGCACAAGAACCCAUGGAGCUGGAGAGGCCGGCCAAUAGACUGAAUGCUCUGGAGCCAUACCAGCUUGUGGCAGCAGCAAGGGAGGAAUACCUACAGAGAAGACAAGAAGCCAGCCAGUACAAACUCAGAGCCGAAAAACAGCUGGGGCUGAGGCCAAGUACAGCAGAUGCUGAACGGUACAAAUGCCUUGAUGAGAGAGCCACUCCACCUCAGCAAGGACCACAUGACAAAAUACAGGGACAACAGGAGUAUCUCAGGCAGUUACAGCAAAUCAGGCAACAUUAUCAUGAUGAGAUCAGAGAGAUGAGGCAGAGAGCCUAUGUUGAGGUCCAGCCAAAUGUAGCAGGUGCAUACUUGUUGGAGCGGCCUACAGAAAAUCACACACAUCCACCCAGUGAAGAGCAAAAGCCCACAGAUAUGGAAAAAGCUCUGAGGCAGAUUCUCAAGCAGAAUCAGAAAGAGAGGAGAGAGCUGCAGAAAAAAUAUAAUGACAAGAAAGGAGUCAUGUUUGAGAUCAAGCUGCAAGGUGACAUAAUGCAGGGUGAAGGAGACAAAGAACCACAGGAAAUGAAUGAAAAGAAUGAGGAGGAUCCUCUGAAUCAAACACUGAAAUUUGAUGCAAAGCUCAAAUUCUGGAGACCUGCAGGUGAGACUGAAAUCAAGCAUGAAGAAAGAUUCGAGGAAGGUAGGAGUGAAAAAGGAGAGAAGCAUGUGAAAAGAGGGAUGUGGCGACAUGAAGCUCCUAAAACUCUUCUGAAUGCUCUGGCAAACAUGGAGGUCUCAUCCAUUUGCUCCACAUAUUCAUCUACACAGGCCAGACCUACUGAUCAGGAAGAGAAGGAGCAAUGUUCAGAAGGGCGGCGAAAAUGGACAGACUGCCCACCUGAUACACUCCUUAAUGCUCUGGCUAAGGCACAGCUCACCAACUCUACACUGGGAACAGUCCUACCAUUGAAUGAAGACAGUGAACUGGAGGAAGGGAGUGAAAAGAUUGUGGAAGAUAAAAAAACAGACAACACUGACGAUGAAGGAGAGGACGACUCUGACGUGGAGGUGGACAAGGAGCGCUUGGAGCCCAGAUCAGAUGAUGAUGACACGAACUUUGAGGAGUCAGAGGAUGAGCUUAGGGAGGAGGUGAAGGAUUCCAUGAGAAACCUCUUUAUUUCGGUGGAGGAUGAGGAGGUACAGAGCGCUAAGGAGAUAGAGGAGGGUAGGAAUACAGAGACUCACAUACCAGCGGCCCUGGAACAGAGCCACUCCUAGACUGAGCAAAAAAAUUUUUUAAAAGACCCUGAACCCAGAGGAGCACCAAAUGUAUUUUAAUGCAAGUUUAAGAGAGCGCUGAAGUGUAUUUACAUGUUUUGAUAUGUAUAGGUUUCUGUGUAAUAGAAAAAAUCAGUAAUGGGUAUAUACUAAUAGUUUGAAAUAAACAUUUAAUUACUCCUUUCUUUGCA